GGUGAUCCUCUCAGCCUUGACAGGUUCCGGGACAGCCAGCCGGCGGUAGCUGAAGGAAUCUGACUGUCACAUCUAACUGACCCGCGGAUCACCCUGCGGGAGUUGGAGGCAUUUCUCAAAGCCACCUUCAGGGCUGGACGUGGUUUGUGCGGAGACCAAGACUCCUGCUGGAAGAUAGACGCGGGGAGCUAGCAUGAUGAUGAUGGCAGCCCUGGGCAGCGCCGGUCGCUUGAUUCAGUUUGCCAGGAGCAGCAUCGGUCUGAGUGUGAGGAGACGCUCCACUGCUGCUGCUUUAGCACAGACGGCACCACCAGAAACACAGGAGAACAGGAAACCUAAGACGGGAAUCCUCAUGCUGAACAUGGGAGGACCGGAGAAGCUGGAAGACGUCCACGACUUCCUGCUGCGGCUCUUCCUGGACACAGAUCUGAUGAAGCUGCCUGUACAGAGCAAGCUCGGCCCGUUUAUAGCAAAGCGGCGAACGCCAAAGAUCCAGGAGCAGUACAGCAAGAUCGGAGGAGGCUCCCCCAUCAAACGCUGGACCUCCAUGCAGGGGGAGGGCAUGGUGAAGCUCCUGGAUGAAAUGAGCCCCGACACAGCUCCCCACAAGUUCUACAUCGGCUUCCGCUACGUAAACCCGCUGACGGAGGAAGCCAUUGAAGAGAUGGAGAAGGAUGGCGUGGAGAGAGCCGUGGCCUUCACGCAGUACCCUCAGUACAGCUGCUCCACCACAGGCAGCAGUCUCAACGCCAUCUACCGUUACUAUAGCAACAAAGGAGGACGGCCCAACAUGCGAUGGAGCGUCAUUGACCGAUGGCCAACACAUCCUUUGCUGGUGGAGUGUUUUGCAGAGCACGUCUUAAAUGAACUCCAGAAGUUUCCAGAAGACAAGAGGGACGACGUGGUCAUCUUGUUCUCUGCCCACUCGCUCCCCAUGGCUGUGGUAAACCGAGGAGACCCUUACCCCCAGGAGGUGGGGGCCACCGUACAGAGAGUCAUGGAGAGACUGGGACACUGCAACCCUUACAGACUGGUGUGGCAGUCCAGGGUGGGGCCCAUGGCGUGGCUCGGCCCGCAGACGGACGAGGUGAUCAAAGGUCUGUGUGAACGAGGGAAGAAGAACCUCCUGCUGGUCCCCAUCGCCUUCACGUCCGACCACAUCGAGACGCUCCACGAGCUGGACAUCGAGUACGCCCAGGUGCUGGGGGAGGAGUGCGGGGUGGAGAACAUCCGCAGAGCGGAGUCACUGAACGGGAAUCCUCUCUUCAUGAAGGCUCUGGCAGACCUGGUCCAGUCCCACCUGAAGUCCAACGAGCCGUGCUCCCGCCAGCUGACGCUGCGCUGCCCGCUCUGCACAAACCCCACCUGCGGAGAGACGAAAGCCUUCUUUGCCGGCCAGAAGCUCAGAUAGAACCACGCCGGCGCCUCCGGAACCCCUUCCUGUUACCCAAGGCCUUCUGGAAACAUCUCCGCGUUCAAAGCGCCUCUGCAGAAACCCGGGAAAGCGGGCGGGACUGAGCGAAAGUUCUGUGUUGAUCCCCCAGCUUUGCUGGUAACGUUUUCAGAUGAUGUUUCCCAUCCUCACAUUCCGUUCUAAAGUUCCUACAGUUCGUCUCCCACAUGACCCCUUUAUGCUACCCACUGCUGGUUCUGCCUUAUAGGUGAUUAAAAUGCAAACUGUGAGCUCCAUGGAUACCACUGCAUUCAGAGAGCAGGUUUGUUUCAUUUCCACAAUAAACGGAGCUCCAGCUGAAGUCUGUCAAAGCGGAAAUGAGGCGGUUAGAAACUGCUGCUGCUGAAAUUCAUCACCUUUUCCUCCGGUCUUUGCUUCCUCCUGCUUUUUACCUUUUCCUAUCUUGAAAUGUGCAGCCUGAGAGUGGUUUUUACUGCACAUGCUCCCCAUGCUUCACUCCAUAGCUCAUUUUCAGAGACCGCCUCAGCAAAUCAAUAGGAACAGGGCUGAGUUAGAAGAAGGUCAAGUAGCAGCUGAGUUCAGACCGGACGACUGAUCUAACAAAUGAAGGAGUUUAAGUUUCUGAUUAUCUGUAAGUUGGUCAAAGUGGGACAAUUCUUCCCCAAACGGUGUCUCUGAGCAGGAAAAGGACAUCCUCCAAACGUGUGACAAACCCCACUGUGAAGUAGACUCAAGCAGGUUCUUUGUGGUGUCGGUUUCUCCUCAGACAUCAGCAUGCUUCCUCCUCUGAAAGCUCUGCUGAAAAGAGCAAACAGUUCAAAUGUUGUGCCAUCCAGCCUUCGCCAAACGCCGCUUUCCUCAACGACGCCGCUCACUGCUUUAGAAAGGAUUUCAUUAACGUUGAGCCUCUGUCUCCUCCUGAAGUCUCUCUGCUUUAAGGACGCAUCCUUUAGUAGCAUUGAGGAUGGAUUUUGAGGUUCUGGAUCAGUCCAUAAAAAACACCCAAAAGCUUUUUUUGAAACAGGACCGUAGAGAACUGGAAGCGCUUGUAGGAGGCUGUUUUUGUCCGUUGAUGCUAAAGCUAACGUGCCUUCUCUGACACUGGAUAACUAGAAUCACUGCUCUUGUGCUUUAUGUCUGUUUAUGUACAUUUCCCCGCUGUCACCUGAGCCAUGGACCCUUCCUAAAGCCCAGACCGGGUUUCUAGACAUGAAAAGUGCUGCGAGUGAAGCUAGCAGACGGCCAACUGGCUGAUCUUUUUAUUCAGUUCCUAAAAAGACUCUUCUACGGGACCUUGUCCCGCGUGAAGACGGCGACAGCUUGACAUUUACUCCAAAGUUGUUGUACUGGGCCGUCCAUCGUCUGUCCUGUAGUGGCGUGACGGGGGCCACGGCGAAAAUGGAAACUGUUUUGUCAUUUUCAAACUGGCGUUGAUGCUUUAAACCCUCCAAACUGAAUCUCCUGUGUGGAGACUCUUUCAGGGAGAAGGCGUGGGAACGAUGGCCGGGUCACGGCAGACGUCUCAUGACAGAACUGUUGUGUGUUUUUGUUUGAAUGUAUUUAUUUGUUUGUGUAUUUGGGUGAACAUGUAGCCAUGAAUGGUCUUUGCUUGGGUUGCAGUAACACACAGAAGUCUGGACUUUGCUGCCAAGCUGUCUGACUCCUCAGACCAGCAUCAUUGGUUCAUUUUUAUCUCUAUAAGUCUUCCUUUAAAAUAAAAAGCUGCAUAAAAAAAGAAA